AUGGAGGAAAGAGCGGGUCAUUUAUUAUGUGGUGGUUUUCAAGGAACAAAAGUUACUUCACAAGCUUAUCAUUUAAUAGUUGAACAAAAAAUAUCAUCAAUGAUAUUAUCAAGAAAAAAUGCUAUAAAUGUAGAACAAAUGUCUAAAUUAAUAAAAGAUUUACAAUAUAUUGCUUUUACUCAAGGUAGAUAUAAAUAUCCUUUAAUGUUUGCAAUAGAUGAAGAAGGAGGAAUUAUGAAUAGUUUAUUUGAUCCUGAAUUUUUAACUCAAUAUCCAAGUGCAAUGGCAUUAGCUGCUACAGGAGAUCCAAAUUUAGUAUAUGAAAUUUCAAAAGCUAUAGCUAUAGAAUUAAAAAAAAUUGGAUUUAGUAUAAUUUUAGGACCUGUUUUAGAUGUUGUUACUAAAUUAUCUCAUCAAUUAUUAGGAGUUAGAAGUUUUGGUACAACUUUAGAAUCAGUACAAAAAUAUGGAUUAAUGUGUGCAAAAGGUUUAAAAGAUGGUGGAUUAUUUACAGUUGGAAAACAUUUUCCAGGAAUGGGGAAUGCAAAUGUUGAUUCUUUAUUGGAAUUACCUGUUAUUGGAGAAUCUUUAAAUCAAUUAAAACAAUUUAAUUCAAUACCUUUUCAAACUUUGAUUGAAUCGAAUGUAUUGGAUGGAGUUAGUGCUGCUGGUUGUGCUGUACCAAAUAUUAGUCCUGAUGAAACUCAUGCAUGUUUAUCACCUAUAAUUUUAAAUAAUUUACUACGAGGAGAUUUAAAUUUUAAAGGGUUUGUAAUAAGUGAAUGUUUAGAAAUGGAAGCAUUAUAUCAUUCAAUUGGAUUAGGUCAAGGUGUAAUAUUAGCAAUAAAUGCAGGAUGUGAUUUAGUAAUGGUUUGUCAUGAUUUAAAAUUACAAAACGAAGCAAUAGAUUCUAUAAGAUUAGGUUUAAGAAAUGGAAACUUAGAUGAAGAAACAGUAUUAGCAAGUUUGAAUAGAAUAGAAAAUUUACAAAAAAGAUUACCUACUUGGAAAGAUAUUUUCCCUAAUGGAUCAGUAUCUGCUAAACAAUAUCCUACAUUAUUUAAAUUAGAAUUUCCUGAACAAUGGUCAAAACAUCAACAAUUAUCAUCAUUAGCUUAUCAAAAAUCAAUUACUUUAGUACGAGAUUAUAAUAAUUUAUUACCACUACCGAAACAUUUUAAAUCAAAUGAAAUUGAAUCAAUAUUAGUUUUAAGUCCACUUUUAAUGCCAAUAAUUCCUAAAAAGAAACAUGCUUCAACAGAAAGAUUAUUUACUGGUGAAGAAGUUUUUCAAUGUUUUGGAGAAUAUUUAUCAAAUCAUAAAUUAAAUAAAAAUAAAAAAUAUGUUGUUUUACAUACUACAUAUACUGCAAAUGGUUUAACACCAUUACAUGAAUCAUUAAUUGAAAAAUCUAAAAUAAUUAUAGUUUUCACAAGUGAAGUUUCAAGAAAUAUGUAUCAAAGUGGAAUUGUAAAAUAUGUAUCAAUGUUAUGUGGAGCAAGUCCAUCAUCAUUUAAUAGAAGGGAUGGAUUUUCACAAUUAAAAAAACCAUUAAUAAUAGUUGCAACACUGUCACCAUAUGAUUUUUUUUAUGAUAAAAAUAUGGGAAGUGCAUAUAUAUGUUGUUAUGAUUAUACAAAAAAUGCACUUGAAAAAGUUGUUGAUUUAAUAAUGGGAGAUUUUGAACCUGAAGGUUGUAUACCAGGAGAGGAAAUAAAAAAUUUUGUUCAUAAAAAGCUAAGAUCACAUGAAGAAAUAGAACAACAACAUCAACAAACAAUAAAACUGAAACAACAAAUUAAAAGAAGAUGGUUAGUUGAUGAAUUUGAUAUGAAAAGAGAUUUUCAAAGCUUAAUAAAUUUAUGGAAAGAAAAUAAUGAAAUUGAUGAUUCUAAUGAUUCAAUAAAUUAUAAUGAUGAACAAUUUUAUAAAAGAUUAGGAGGAUUAUUAAUAACUUCAAAUCAAAAACAUUUUGUUAUUAGAAAUUCUUCAUUAAAUAUAUUAUAUGGAAUUGUAUUAACUUGGGUUGAAAAUAAUAUAGGUCAUAUUAUAUAUAUAAUAGUCGAAAAAUCAAAAAGAUUUCAAAGUAUUGGAAAAAAUUUAACAGCAAGAGCAAUAAGAUAUUUAAAUAAAGAAAAACAUUGUUUAGAAAUAAGAUUAGGUUCAUCAUUUCCCCUUAUAAUGUUUCCAGGAAAUAAAAAUUUAAAUUCAAUUAAAUUUUUCAAAAAUUUAGGAUGGGAUUUUAAUAAUAAUAAUUCAAAAGAAAAAUGGAUAAUGACAUUAAAAUUAAUUGAUUGGCAAGUUCCACAAAAGAUAUUAAAAGAAUUAAUGAUUGUUGGAGUUAGAUUUGAUAUAUGUAAUGAUUUAAUACAAUUAAAAAAAUUAUUAAAUAAUAAUGAUGAUAAUAAUUUAAAAAAUUAUUAUUCAAAUAUAAAUUUAAAUAAUAAAAUUCCAAAUGAAAUUAAAAUUAUUAUUGCAUUAGAACCAAAUUCUCAAAAUAUUAUUGGUUCAAUUAUAUUAUUUACAAAUAAAUCUAAAAUUUCAAAAUAUUUUCCAUUCAUUGAUCAAUGUAUUGAUGAAUCAUUAAUUGAAAAUAAUAAUGACCAAGGACAAAAACAACAACAACAACAACAAAAUUUACCAUUGAUUGGUGGUAUAGUAGCUCCAGUGAUAGAUGAAAGUUAUUCAAAUUUAAUUGAUAUUUUUAAAUAUGGAUUGGUUUGUAGUGCAAUAACUAUGUUAAAAAGUUCAAAUUCAAAUGCAUCAAGUAAUAGUGAUUCAGAUUCAACGAAUAAAAAUUUAAAUGAUAUAAAUUCAUGUAUAAUGAUUGAUGUACCAAAUGAUAAAUCUAUAAAAUCUAUUGAAGAUAUUGGUUUUAAAAAAUGGAAAAAAUAUUAUGAUUAUUAUGGUCAAAAAUUUAUAUCGGAAAAUUAG